GGGGCCUCUGGAGCGCGGGAAGUCCUGUCCCCGCGGCUGCGGCGGCGGCCCAGCUGCAGCAUGAGCUUCGAGCGCGAGCUACGCCAGCUGAACAAGGCCAAGGCCAAGGCCCAGAGGAGCGGGCAGCUGCGGGAGGAGGCUGAUCUGUGCCACCAGCUGGGCGAGCUCCUGGCCAGCCAUGGCCGCUAUGCGGAGGCCCUGGAGGAGCACCAGCAGGAGCUGCAGCUUCUGGAGAGUGCCGACGACCCCCUGGGCUGCGCCGUGGCCCACCGCAAGAUUGGGGAGCGGCUGGCAGAGAUGGAGGACUACGCAGCCGCCCUGAAGCAUCAGCACUGCUAUCUGGAGCUGGCCCGUUCCCUGUGCAAUUACAUUGAGCUGCAGAGGGCUUGGGCCACCGUCGGCCGCACCCACCUGGACAUUUACGACCACAGCCAGUCGCGAGACGCCUUGCUGCAGGCACAGGCUGCCUUCAAGACGAGCUUGGCCAUUGUGGACGAGAAGCUGGAGGGGGUUGUGGCCCAGCGGGAGCUGAGUGAGAUGCGGACUCGCCUCUACCUCAACCUGGGCCUCACCUUCGAGAGUUUGCAGCAGGCGGCCCUGUGCAGCGACUUCUUCAAGAAAAGCAUCUUCCUCUCUGAGCAGAACCACCUCUACGAGGACCUGUUCCGCGCCCGCUACAACCUGGGCACCAUCCACUGGCGCGGCGGCCAGCCUGCCAAGGCCAUGCGCUGUCUGGAGGGGGCCCGGGAGUGUGCGCACACCAUGAGGAGGAGGUUCCUGGAGAGCGAGUGCUGCGUGGCCAUCGCGCAGGUCCUCCAAGACUUGGGGGAUUUUCUGGCUGCCAAACGAGCCCUGAAGAAGGCCUAUAGGCUCGGCUCCCAGAAGCCGUCACAGAGAGAGCUGGUCUGCAGGAGCCUGAAGUACGUGCUGAAGGUGGUGCAGCUACAGCAGCGGCUGGAUGAGGCUGAGGCUGGGGACCCCCAGGGCGCCAUGGGCAUCUGCGAACAGCUGGGGGACCUGUUCUCCAAGGCGGGCGACUUCCCCAAGGCGGUCGAGGCCUACCGGAAGCAGCUGCAUUUCGCAGAGCGGCUGGACAGGCCAGGGCCCGAGCUGGCUGUCAUCCAUGUGUCCCUGGCCACCACCUUGGGGGACAUGAAGGACCACCACCAGGCUGUGCACCACUAUGAGCAGGAGCUGAGGCUGCGCCAUGGCAACCCUUUGGAGGAGGCAAAGACCUGGCUCAACAUCGCGCUGUCCCGAGAGGAGGCUGGGGAUGGCUACGAGCUCUUGGUGCCCUGCUUCCAGAAGGCUCUCGGCUGUGCCCAGCAGGCCCGGCGGCCCCAGCUACAGAAGCGAGUCUUGCAGCAUCUCCACACCGUGCAGCUGAGGCUGCAGCCCCAGGAGGCCCCGGGCACCGAGGCCAGGCUGCAGGGGCUGAGCUUGGACAAGGAUGGGGAGGACGGAGAGGACAGCGAGGGCCUGGAGGACAGUGAGGGCCUCGAGGUCAGCGAGGUGGAGCUCUCGGAGAGUGAGGAUGAGGCUGAAGGUCCGGCCCGGCUGCUGGAGGACGAGGAGGAGGAGGGGCUGCGAGGCCGCCCGGGCCGGCGGAAGGUGGACAAGUGGAACCGGCGGAAUGACAUGGGGGAGACGCUGCUGCACCGCGCCUGCAUCGAGGGCCAGCUGCACCGCGUCCAGGGCCUCGUGAGGCAGGGCCACCCCCUGAGCCCCCGGGACUACUGCGGCUGGACGCCGCUGCACGAGGCCUGCAACCACGGGCAUCUGGAGAUUGUCCGCUGCCUGCUGGACCACGGGGCUGCAGUGGAUGACCCAGGUGGCCCAGGCUGCGAGGGGCUCACCCCGCUGCAUGACGCCCUCACCUGUGGCCACUUCGAGGUGGCCGAGCUGCUCCUUGAGCGGGGGGCGUCAGCCACGCUCCGAACCAGCAAGGGUCACAGCCCUCUGGAGACGCUGCAGCAGUGGGUGACGCUGUACAACGAGGAUCUGGACGAGGAAACGCGGGAGAAGGCCGGGGCCAUGGAGAGGCUGCUGCGGACGGCCGCCGCCAGCCAGGCUCCCCAGGGCCCCCAGGCUCCCAGUACCUUCCUGAGUAACCACCUGUUUGACCCUGAGAUCUCUCCUCCCUCGAGCCCCCAGCUGGGACCUUCCUCUCGGACCUCUAGGCCCCCGGAGGCCUCUCAGGCCGGGGCCUCCCCAGGGCAGACAGUGCCUGUGGCGGCCAAGCCUCCGAGGGGCAGGGGCACACCCCCCAGCAGCAGCGGCUCAGAGGAGGAGGCUGCUGUGGGCCCUCGGGGACCCAUCCAGAAGAGGCCGCGGCUUUCUGCCCCCGCGCAGCAGGCUGCAGGCCCGGCGCCUCAUCCAGCCGGGGACAGAGAGGCCACUGCCCGAGGCGGUGCCCAGAGCCACGACCCAGGGCCCAGCCGGCCUCAGGACCGAGUUGGAGCGCCCGCCUGCCGGGCAGCCCUCAUCCCCGAAGACGAGUACCUGGCCGGGGACUGGCUGGAGGACGACAUGCCCCUGAUCCACGGCCGCCAGAAAGCCAGCCGCCCACACAGGGCCCUGGGGUCGGGCAGGGAGGGCCUGGGGCCCCAGGCCCGCACCAGGCAGAGCCGACUGACCCGCCUCCAGGGUGGGGGCGCACAGGUCGUGGCAGGCAGGACCAGCUGCUCAGCCACCGAGCCCCCCGAGAGCCCAAGUGUCCCCACGGCCUCGGGGCCUGGUGAGAACUCCGCGACCCGCCAGCCCCCAGGCCCAGGCCCCGGCCCCCCCAUCCGGGUCCGAGUCCGCGUGCAGGACAGUCUCUUCCUCAUCCCCGUCCCGCACAGCAGUGAGGCCCGCUCCGUGGCCUGGCUGGCCCAGCAGGCCGCCCAGCGCUUCCUCCAGACCUGCGGGCUGCUGCCGCAGCUCACGCUGCACAAGGAGGGCGCCCUGCUGGCCCCGCAGGAUGCCAUCGCCGACGUGCUGCAGAGCAAUGAGGAGGUAAGCCACGGGAGCCGGGCCCCCCCGCUGCGCGGGCCCCCGCUGCUCACGCACCCUCCUCCCCAGGUGUUGGCCGAAGUGGCCUCGUGGGACCUCCCCCCGCUGACCGACCGCUACCGCAGGGCCUGCCAGAGCCUGGGGCAAGGGGAGCAGCAGCAGGUGCUGCAGGCCUUGGAGCGCCAGGCCCCGGGCCCUUCGUUCAGUGCCUGCUGCCUGGCACUGCGCCCAGCCCAGCUCACUCCCCUGCUGCGGGCCCUGAAGCUGCACGCUGAGCUCCGGGAGCUGCGCCUGGCUGGGAACCGGCUGGGGGACGGCUGUGCUGCCGAGCUGCGGGCCGCCCUGGUCACCAUGCCUGGCCUGGCCCUCCUGGACCUCUCCUCCAACCACCUGGGCCCCGAGGGCCUGCACCAGCUUGCUUCCGGCCUCCCAGGCCAAGUUGCCUUGCAGAACCUGGAGGAGCUGGACUUGAGCAUGAACCCGCUGGGGGACAGCUGUGGCCAGGCCCUGGCCUCUGUCCUGCGAGCCUGCCCCUCACUCAGCACCCUGCGCCUCCAGGCCUGCGGCUUCAGCCCCAGCUUCUUCCUGAACCACCAGGCGGCCCUGGGCGGUGCCUUCCGAGACGCUGAGCACCUGCAGAUGCUGUCCCUGUCCUACAAUGCCCUGGGCGCCCCGGCCCUGGCCCGGGCCCUGCAGAGCCUGCCCGCCCACACCCUCCUCCACCUGGAGCUUGGCUCCGUGGCAGCCAGGAAGAGUGGCUCGGGCCUCGCAGAGCCACUGGUCAGGUAUUUGACCAAGGAAGGCUGUGCCCUAUCACAUCUGACCCUGUCUGGAAACCACCUGGGCGACGAGGCCGUGAGAGCUCUAGGCAGGUGCCUCCCUCUCUGCCCCUCCCUUGUCUCACUGGACCUGUCUGCCAACCCUGAGAUCAGCUCUGCCAGCCUCGAGGCGCUCCUGUCUGUCCUCCAGGAGCGGCCCCAGGGGCUCCGCUUCCUUGGCCUGUCAGGCUGCGGGGUCCGGGGCCCGCUCGGCCAGGGCCUCUGGGACCAGGUCGCAGCGCAGCUGCAGGAGCUCCAGCUGUGCAGCCGGCGCCUCUCUGCCGAGGACCCGCGCGCCCUGCGGCGGGCGCUGCCCGGCCAGCCCGGCCCCCGCGUGCGCACGCUGGACCGCGGCCCCAAGCUCUUCUUCAGGCGCCUCUGACGCGCCCACCGGCCCCGCCGGGGCGCCCUGCGGUGUCCCCUGGAAGCCGCCAAUAAACGCACGCUCCUGCCUCGGC